AUGGAAGACACCAAAACCAAACAGCCCAUUGAAGCUCCAGAGAAGGAUGUUAACGAUAUUCAGGCGGGAACCAUCGAGGGUCUUGACGAGGGCGAGCUCUUCCUCAGACAACACGGCUUCACGAGUGAUGACAUCCAAAGGCUCUUGGACGACAGCGGACUCAAUAAGGCUCUCGUACGCAGAGUCGACCUGAUCCUCUUGCCGCUUCUUGCAGGGACAUAUAUGCUGCAGUACAUUGACAAAUCGGCUCUGGCCUACUCAGCCGUCUUCGACUUGCUUCCUUCAACCAAUAUGACGAGCGCGCAGUAUGGCUGGCUGGCAAGCAUCUUCUAUUUCGCCUAUCUCAUCGCCGAAUACCCCUGGACGAUCCUUGCGCAGAAAACCAGAAUGGCCAAGGUCGUCUCGGGGAAUGUCAUUGCCUGGGGUGCGAUGCUCAUGAUCACAGCCGCCUGCAACUCCUUCAAGGGGAUGGCCGUCUGCCGUUUUCUCCUUGGUGCUUUCGAGGCCCCAAUCACCAACUGCUUCAUGAUGAUUGUGGGGAUGUGGUAUACGCGGUCUGAGCAGCCUUUCCGCGCGGGCAUAUUCUACAGCUGCAAUGGUCUAGGUGCCAUGGUGGGCGGGAUCCUGACAUUUGGCAUCGGCCAGAUCAAGACAAUCGCUGUUUGGCGUGCCAUCUUCCUAAUCCUCGGCGGAAUCACCGUCCUCUGGGGCUUCAUCAUGCUCUUCUUUCUCCCAGACGACAUAAUCUCUGCAAAGAGAUUCACAAUUGAAGAGAAAGCCCUCCUUGUCGGCCGGGGUAGACUAGCCCGCACAGGUAUCCUUAGCCACCAGAUCAAGUGGUACCAGAUCCGCGAAGCGCUCGUCGACCCCCAAGUUUGGAUCCUGUUCUUCUUUAUGCUACUGAACGAGGUAAUCAACGGCGGAAUCGCCAACUUCAGCAAGCUUAUUAUCAAAGGGCUCACCGGCGACCCUUUGACGACUGUUGCCCUGGGCAUUCCCUUCGGCGCUUUCCAGCUUGGAUGGGUACUCUCAGGAACAUUCAUUGCAUCGCGGUUCUCAGAUUGCCGCACGAUCGUCAUGUUCCUGUACCUUCUCCCAACCAUCGCCGGUGCGUGCAUGCUAUGGAAGCUCAACCAUGACACGCACAAGAUCUCGGUGCUAUUCGGAUACUACAUUAUCGGAUCGUAUGUGUGCAGCCUGGUCCUUGCACUGCAGAUGCCUGCUGCCAAUCUGGGUGGCUACACGAAGCGUAUUACGAGUGUUGCUUUGGUGUUUCUGGCAUACUGUGCUGGAAACAUCAUUGGGCCACAUGCGUUCCUAGCCGAGGAGGCCCCGGUCUAUCAGACGGGGUGUAAGCUUGCCUUGUCGUGUUCCACGGCUCAGGCUGCAUUGGCUGUUUGUUUGCGGCUCUUGUUGAUCCGCCGGAAUAAGCGCAGAGAUGCUGCUGCUGCGAACGCGCCCACGGUAGAAGAGGAGGAGUGGGCAGAUCUGACAGAUUUCGAGAAUCCCCGAUUCCGAUACGUACUUUGA